UCAUCUCUUUUCGUUUUCUAUCUCUUCUUUAUAUCUAUCUAUCUAUCUGAAGCCUUUCUUCCAAUUCCAUCUUUACUUCUCUCUCUCUCUCUCAUCAUGACUCCUCUUUAUCAUUCUCCUUUUCUUAUAGACCUCAAUGAAGGACAACAACAUGAUCAACUCUUCUUUUCAAAAUCUACAGAAGAAGAAGCACCCUCUUCUUCUUCCUACGUCUCAAUUCUCAACAACCCAUCUCAAGAAUUUGCAGAUUACUACCAUAGAGACUUGCAGCCAUUAAUACAACACCAAGCUGAGGCUAAUAUUUCUGCUUCUCAUGGUGGAUCAUGGGAUUAUCCGAACGAGAACGAGAGUGGCUUCAAAUUAUCAUCUGCUGUUUGCAAGGAAGAAAAUACAAAUGAAGACCAAAGAGAGAACAGUUCUGUUAAGUGGAUGUCUUCAAAGAUGAGGUUGAUGAAAAGGAUGAUGAGCUCAUCGGAUCAAACAGUUUCCGGUAAACCGGAGACUUGUAUGCACAAGUUUGAAGAUGACAAGGAAAGAUCAUUACCCUUGCAAGACGAUAACAGCAGCAAAAAUUUCUCUUGCAGUAGUAGCAACUCAAUUAGGGUUUGUGCAGAUUGUAACACAACAAAGACUCCUCUUUGGAGGAGUGGACCAAGAGGUCCUAAGUCACUUUGCAACGCCUGUGGAAUUCGGCAAAGGAAGGCGAGAAGAGCCAUGGCUGCUGCUGCAGCUCAAACAGCAGGUGCGAGUGGAACAAUUUUUGGUUCUAAGGCAUCGGCCAUGAAGACCAAGAUGAAAAAUAAAGAGAGAAAAACAAGUGACAGUCAUCUUCCAUUGAAGAAAAGGUGCAAAUUUACAGCGCAAGCUCGAGGCAGAAAGAAGCUUUGUUUUGAAGAUUCACCAAUAAACUUGAGCAAGAAUUCAGCUUUUCAUCAACAAGUUUUCCCCCAAGAUGAGAAGGAAGCAGCAAUCCUACUCAUGGCUCUAUCUUAUGGCCUUGUUCAUGGGUGAUGAAUUUCUACAAAAUCUUUGUUUGGUUUCCUUCAAUUUUAUAUUAGAGCUAAGUAUUAAUUUUGGGUGAGAUUGUUUUGAGAGAGAGAGAGUGAAAUCAUGUGUGAGUGUGAGCAACCAAAUUAAAUUCAAUAAGAAAGAAUAAUUAGAUUUGUUA